AUGGCAGGGAAGGAGUUAACACCGCUUGUUCUAAGCUCCUCCCCCUCGCAUCCUCGGGUCCUUCCUCACCGCUUCUCUUCAUCAUCCGCUGAGCCGCACAUGGAGAGGUCCGAUCCGGUGGAUGGCGGAAGGACGGCAGCGAAAGAAGGAACGACGACGCCUUCUUCCCGCUCCGGCGGUCCCGCGGACGAUCUGACGAUGACCUCUGACCCCAGGCGAGCGGCCAUGGAAACGUAUUGGCGAGAGGUGGAGAGCAUGGAGGAGGUGGAGGAGGAGGAAGAGGAAGAGAGGAAGAGCGUGGAUGAGCUGGAGCUGGAGGAGGCGUGGCUCACAGAGGCGGGACUGUCUUCCCUGCUGAUCGGGGGCGACUCCUCCCGAGGGGCUCCGCCCACCGCCCGGGCGCUCCUGUCCACGCUGACGCGCCGACAAACGGACACGGUGAAGACGCGGCUCCACAACUACACGCUCAAGAACAAGCGCGAGCGCCAACCCGUCGCGCACGUCAAGGACGUCUUUGCCUUAGGCUUUGAGACAAGCGAAAGCUCCGUCCCUCCGAGCGACGACAGCCGAUCGACACCAAACGGCUAUGACAAGAACGUGACCAAAACCAUUCGGAGGCACACGAAAUCGGCGGAGCCUCCUCGAGCGCCCGCUUCCGACGCGCUCGCGGCCGAAGCGGCGCCGACCGACGCCGAUUGGUUGCUGCGCGAGCGUCCGUACUCGGAGGGAGUGGCGGAGCACAGAAGGGGCGGGGCCUGCCAAGACUGCCGACGCGACGGAGACGAGCCGGUGAGUUUGACCUUUGACCCCGGCCGAUUCGCUCGUCCGCCUCGGGGCGCGACGCGAGCCGACGACCUGUCCUCCGACGACGCCAAGCGACUGGGCUUCAUCUGCCACAUCGAGCUGUCCACCUUCCUGCUGGCUCUGGGCGUUCAGAGCAAACGCGCUCGGCCGGCGCGCGGCGGGAACCGGGACGGCGCGGUCUUCGGCGUGCCUCUGGAGGUGCUGCUAGACCGCGACAGGAAGAAAAGUCCCGGGGUCAAAGUUCCCGUCGUCUUUCAGAAGUUGUUGUGUGUUUUACAGCAGAGCGGCUUGCGGACCGAAGGCAUUCUCAGAGUACCGGGAUCGCUCGCUCGACUCAAGUAUCUGCGCAAAGAACUGGACAGGUGCCCGGAGGAGUUGGAUUGGUCGACGGUGCGCCCGGCGGACGCCGCGGGUCUGUUGAAGCUUUUUGUCCGAGAGCUGCCCGCUCCUCUGCUGACCGCCGCGCACCUGCCCACCUACCGCGCCGUGCUGGGGGUCUCGGGGGUGCCGCACCAGGUUCAGGCGCUGCAGUUGUUGUCCCUGUUGCUUCCCGAGGCCAACCGAGAAACGCUAAGAGCUUUGCUGGGGUUCCUUCGUCAGGUGGUGGCCCAUCAGGAGCACAACCGGAUGUCUCUCUGGAACGUGUCCACGGUCAUGGCGCCCAACCUGUUUGCCCCCCGUCGCCGCGGCAACAAGCUAACCGUCGCCGAGCAGGGGGACGGCCUGGAGGAGGCGGUGGGCGGGGCUCACUUAGUCCGCCUCAUGAUCACGCACCAGGACCUGUUGUGGACAGUCCCUAACUUCCUGCUGUCUCAGCUGAGACAGAUGAACCAAGCGUCCAAUCAGAGACUGGGACUGUCCCUUACCCGCCCCGGUCGUCUUCUCAGAACCAGAAAUGACAAAAAUAACAAGCAGGUGACGGAACUGUGCGACGGCAUUAUCAAGGUUCACGCUCCGCUACACGCCAAAGUUUCCAUGGCGAUCCAGCUGGACAGGCAGAUGACAGCCAAAGACGUCACCGCCCACUUCAACUGCGAUAACAGCGCGGCGCUGCAUCUCUUCGAGGUCGGCGGGAACAUCGGCGAGCGGCGGCUCCACCCGGACUGCGUCCUGUUGGACGUCUACCGCGUCAACCCCCGCUGCGACUGGCUGGUCAAACCCUGA